GCCCGUCACUUUCAUAUUCUGUCAACCACCUCGUGAGUGGUCGUUUUCCCUUCAACGCCGAAAUUGGUCGCACUCGGUCGUCGUCGGUAGCCCGAUUCCCAAGCCCACAUUGCGCGGCUAGCGACACAACGAGCGAGUACCGCAGGCGAGGAACUGGCGGACUUGCACGAACGGCUCGCCACUGAGUCGUCGAUUCGUCCCAUGUCGCCGCUGCUCGGCCUGACACGAACCUCAACAUGCUAAUGACGCGGACGCCUGUGUCGGCCUUUUCGAUUCAGAGCAAAUCGACCGCUUCCCCGUACUCGAACUCCGGGGCGAAUCGCCACCAUAGUGAUUCCGCCGCCGACUCAACGGCGCUGUUGGACGCGUCAACCGGCCGUGACGGUUUUUCCAGCGUAUCGUAUUUUACAGCAGAUACCUCGUCCGUCAUGAACGGCAUUGUCGGCUCGGCGCCGCCCGGUGCCAUGUACGUGCGGGCCCUCUACGACUACGAGGCCGAUGACAGGACGAGCUUGAGCUUUCACGAAGGAGACACCAUCCAGGUCAUUACCAGGUUGGAAAGUGGUUGGUGGGAUGGCGUGAUCAAUGGCGUUAGAGGUUGGUUUCCGAGCAACUACUGCCAGAUCAUCACGAGCCCGGACGAGAUGCCAGACCUCGAAGACGCCGGCGACACUGAGCGACUGGACGACGAACUCGACGAGCAGGAGGCUUAUGAAGAGGCGCUCGACGAGGACGACAUAUCCGACCAUGAUGAUGGCGAGGAGCUUCCGCUUGAGGGGACUGACGGGGACCGCUCCAGAGCCGAUUUCUGGAUCCCGCAGGCCACGCCGGAUGGUAGACUUUUCUACUACAACACCAUGACGGGCGAAAGCAGCAUGGAACUACCGCUAGAGUCCCCCUCGUCGCUAAACGAAACAGGGCCCCGAGACCGCAUGAACGUCGGCAUUCCGGACAGGACGAGACCGCCGCCCGAAAUGAUUGCCAGGGGCCUGACCCAGGACGAAGAGGAGGAAUCCGACGUGAACUCAGCAUCUGAGUUGGAGGGUGAGGCUUUGAUGAACGCAGCCCGCGGCCCAAUGGCCAAGACUCGCCGAUUGGGUGCUAGGGACGGCAUCUCGCCUGCCACUUCAAUGGACUCGAUGAAUGGCCAGUCCCCCGGAACAAGGGUGCGCGGUGACACACUUGCAAACGGUAACCUCCAGGCCCCCGUGGUAGGGGCAUCGACCGCGUUCACAAGCUCCGCAUUUAAUUUACCGACAGCUGCCACGAUCCCGCGUUCGUUUUUCGACGACGGUACCACCCCGCCAUUGACCUGGAGUCGGCUGGUUUCGAACAUGAAGAAGUCGGUCGAUCGCUAUCGCCAAGCGAUUGAAAAUGGCAACCGGUCAGAAUAUGUAGCACGGGCAGAGGAUAUAUCGGAUCACCUGCGCCUCCUUCUCGCUGCUGGGUCAGGCACGACCGAUAAUCACUCUGGGCAGCCGUCCAUCAUCUCGACGAACAAGGCCCUGUAUCCCCACUUCCGGGACAUGAUGUCCAAGUUCUCCAAGCUCGUCAUCUCCUCACAUAUCGCAGCCGCCGACUGGCCAAACGCCGAAUCAGUUCAGAAAUGUCUGCAGGAAGCCGACGGCGUUCUCCUAGGGGUGUUCAGCUACGUCGAAGUCGCAAGGCAACAGCGUGGCGAAGAAAUUCCACGACUGUUCCCUGGUUUCGUCAUCGGAUCAAGCGCCGGUGGAAGUUGGCAGAAUAACGGCUUGACCCCGCGCGACCCCAUAACGUCCAAUUUCCUCGAAGACGAAGAGGGCGUUGUGGAACCCACUGCCGUUCUCGAUGGCAAGCUUCUGGAGAGACUGGACGAGCUGAAGCGGAUGCUAGUGUCGAGCAUUCGCGAACUGGAGAAAAACCUGCUUGUUGGCGAUAAGGUGGUCACGCCCUAUAAGCAUGAGAUGAUCGGCAACAAUGUCUGCAUCGCCGGAGGCAAGGUGUUGGAUAUGUUCAAGCCGUGGAUUGCCAUGAUCGAGUCAAUCGACCUGUCCCUACUCGGCAAUAGCUUCCAGACCCCGCAGCUCACCGAUUUUAGCACCAACAAGCAAAGUUUGUACGACAAUAUCUCGGAUCUGCUUCUGGGCUGCCAAGCCGUCGCCGGGCCGCUAGCGGAUGAAUGGUCGGAAGUCCGGGGCCAGGCACUGGAAGAGAGGUUGGAGUAUGUCAGGCAAUGCGCCCGGGCUCUCGAGACCAACUCUUCCCACAUCGGCUUCUCCCUUCAGCUGCUAUCCGAACAAGUCUCCAUGGUCCUCCAACAGCAGGAGAUACAUGUGCGUGAGGAAGUCAUCCAACGGGAACCGCUCAGGAGGAUGGAGACCAUGCCGUACGAUCGACCGCACCAGCGAACAGAAUCCCGGGGGAUAAUGAGGCCAGGCCUACCGAUGGGGUCACAAUCCUUCACGGAAGGCGAGGCCCUGCCUGCCAAUAACUACAGGAAGGGCGACCCCUCGAAGAUGAAACGAUUCUUUGGAGAAGACCCAGAACCGGUGCAACCGCCAGUGGUCGAGGAAACUCCCGAGUUUUUGAGCCUGGAUCACGAGAGUGAUUUGUCUUGGGACCUAAAAGUGACGCCACCGGCUGUCAAGGGUGGAUCGUUGGUUGCUCUCGUGGAACAGUUGACGCGGCACGACAAGCUGGACGCCAACUUCAACAACACAUUCCUCCUCACAUACAGGUCUUUCACAAACGCACGCGAGUUGUUUGAGAUGCUCGUCAAAAGGUUCAGCACCCAGCCUCCGGAAGGGCUAACGCAGCCCGAUUACGAUACCUGGCGCGACAGGAAGUUGAAGCCGAUUCGUUUCCGAGUCGUCAACAUCCUGAAGAGUUGGCUCGACACCUUUUGGAUGGAGGACUUCAACGAAGAGACGAAGCAGCUCAUCCGCGACAUGUUCAACUUUGCCAAGGACACUAUCAAGACGGCCGAAACGCCUGGAUCGGCCCCUUUGAUGUCACUCCUCGAUCAGAGGCUUGGCGGGAAAGACUUCGGCGGGCGACGCAUGGUCCAGACAGUGAACCAAAACACCCCAUCGCCCAUCAUGCCUAAGAACAUGAAGAAGCUCAAGUUCCUCGACAUCGAUGUGACCGAGUUUGCGCGGCAGCUCACCAUCAUCGAGUCCCGGUUGUACAGCAAGAUCAAGUCGACGGAAUGCCUCAACAAAACGUGGCAGAAGAAGGUCGGGGAAGGCGAGCCAGAGCCUGCGCCGAAUGUCAAGGCCCUCAUUCUGCACUCCAACCAAAUGACCAACUGGGUGGCCGAAAUGAUUCUGUCACAGACUGACGUCAGAAAACGUGUCGUCGUCAUCAAGCACUUUGUGGCAGUUGCUGAUAAAUGCCGGCUCCUGAACAACUUCUCUACCUUGACCUCGAUCAUCUCGGCCUUGGGCACCGCGCCCAUCGCCCGCCUCAAGCGCACAUGGGAUCAAGUCCCGCAGCGCAUCCAGGCCACCCUGGAGGUCAUGCGUAAGCUGAUGGCAAGUACCAAGAACUUUGGCGAGUACAGGGAAGCUCUGCACGGUGGCAACCCACCUUGCAUUCCCUUCUUUGGUGUCUAUCUCACGGAUCUCACCUUCAUUGAGGACGGUAUCCCGUCCAUCAUCAAGAAGACCAAUCUCAUCAACUUUGCCAAGCGGGCAAAGACAGCCGAGGUGAUCCGUGACAUUCAGCAAUACCAGAAUGUGGCCUACUCUCUGCAGCCCGUGCCGGAGCUGCAGGAUUACAUCCUCAGCAAUAUGCAGGCUGCCGGCGAUGUUCAUGAGAUGUACGACAAGAGUCUGCAGAUCGAGCCAAGGGAGCGAGAAGACGAGAAGAUCGUGAGGGUCUUGGCCGAAUCUGGCUUCCUCUGAGUGAAGCAGGACUGAAAGCCGCCCCACCACUUGUGCUCCUCGUCACACAAACACAAUAAUGUUUUGUGCUCAGGGCCCUUGGGUGUGAACGAGCUGUUCCCUAUCAGCCACAUCCUUGGCCAAGUAAGACGACGG